GAUUCUCAUUUUGUCACAUUCAAAAAUUAAAACUAUAAAUGAAAGUACGUUCUCAUAAACAAAAUGAAACAUCGCUGGCAAAAUGGAAUUCCUCUGGAGCAGCAUCCUCUGCUUCUGUAUUGCCUUAUUUUUCAUUGCGAGGCUAAAAUCAGCGAUGAGCAGUAAGGCAAAGCUUCCUCCAGGACCAAAGCCACUGCCGAUCAUCGGAAAUUUGCUGGACCUCGGCGAGAAUUCCCACAAGUCGCUGUCCAGCCUCGCCAAGGUACAUGGCCCUGUUAUGAGUCUCAAACUCGGACAGGUUACUGCGGUGGUGGUUUCUUCUGCCGCCAUGGCUAAACAAGUCCUUCAAACCAACGACCAGGAUCUGUGCAACAGAGCCAUUCCAGAUGCACUCAAAGCUUUUCGCCACCACGAAUUGGGAUUCCCAUGGAUUCCAGUUUCUCCUCUCUGGAGAAGCUAUCGAAAAAUAUGCAACAACACGCUAUUUGCCGCAAGAAUUCUGGACGCAAACCAAAAUCUUCGUCGGAAGAAAGUGGAGGAGCUCGUCGAGAUUGUUCGAAAAAAUGCAGCGACGGGCGAAGCGGUGGAUUUAGGGAGGUUAGGAUUUAUGACAACGCUGAAUCUACUUUCGAACACGAUUUUCUCAGUCGAUUUGGCAGAUCCGAAUUCCGAAUUGGCGAAAGAGUUCAAGAAUAACGUAUGGGGCAUCAUGGAAGAAGUUACUAAACCUAAUUUGGGCGACUAUUUUCCCGCGUUGAGGAAGCUGGACAUUCAGGGGAUGAGGAAGAGGAUGACGAUUCACAUGGAGAAGAUCUUGAAUCUUCUAGACGGCAUGAUCAAACAGAGGAUGGAGCAGCAUCUACUGAAUUCCGAUUCUGUUCCAAACAACGAUAUGCUGCAUUACCUUCUAAACAAUGAAGACAGCGAAAUCGAUAAAAAUCAAAUGGAACAUUUACUACUCGUACUGUUCGUCGCCGGCUCGGACACAACUUCAAUGACAUUACAAUGGGCAAUGGCGGAGCUAUUGAGGAAUCCAGAGAAAUUGGUGAAAGCUGAAGCAGAAAUCAGGCAAGUUUUGGGGAAGAACAAGCUAGUGGAUGAGGCGGACAUUCCGAGACUGCCAUAUCUGCGGGCGGUGGUGAAGGAAGCUUGUCGAUUGCAUCCAGUGGUUCCUUUGUUGCUACCUCGCAAGGCGCAGCAUGAAGUGGAAAUUGGAGGUUUCACAAUCGCGAAGGAUUCACAGGUGCUCGUAAAUGCGUGGGCGAUCGGGCGAGAUCCGAAGAGCUGGGAGAAUCCAGAAUUGUUCGAACCGGAGAGGUUUUUGGGGUCAAAAAUUGACGUCAGAGGACGGAGCUUUGAGCUGAUCCCGUUCGGCGGAGGGAGAAGGAUCUGCCCUGGAUUGCCAUUGGCGAUGAGAAUGCUACAUUUAAUGCUGGGUUCGCUCAUCAAUUUCUUCGAUUGGAAGGUUGAAGAUGGAUUCCAUGUGAACAUGGACGAUAAGUUUGGUGUCGCUGUGGAGAUGGUUUGUUCACUCAGGGCCAUCCCUUCCCUAAUUUAAAAAUAAUAUUUAAAUGUUGAUAGAACGUGUAAAUGGAAGAAAUGCAGAAGCAUAUAUAUUUAAAAAAAUAAAAAAUCUUCCAUUUUCUUUUUCCUCUCCUGAGUACGAGAGGUAGGGAUCGAACUAGGUUGGAGGUAUUUAACCUUGCUCGCUUUUAAGUUAU